AAAGUGACAUAAAACGUAUUUCCGUACUAAUAUUUUUGUAAGUAAAAGAAUUUAUAGGAAAUAAUAAAAAUGGAUCCUCCAUCGAUGACGGGGACCUUGCAGUCCACAUCUACAUACUCAGAUAGCUCGAAGACCAGCAGUAGAUCUGGUCAAAGUACUGAAAAAGAAAGAGAAAUGGAUCUAACGAAAGAUAAUGCUGCAUCACCAAUCGACUUGGAAUGCCACAUCCAAUGCGAGCGUAUCACCAAGAUUAUGGACGAUGCUAUCUAUAAAUGCAAGCUGUGCCUUUCUCUACCAGAACUGGUGCAGGAGUACCGGACUCUUUAUAAUUUACUGACGCCUCCUCAUAUGGAUGACCUGACUUUUAUCUUCGAGCAGUAUGAUAAUCCAUUGUUCUCUGCUAGUCUUCUAAAUAUGGCUGUGAUGGAAGACUUAAAGGCUGGUGAUUUGUCGCUGAAGAAUCGUUUGAAUCCAGAGUUGGGACACGUUCUCUACAUCAUGAACAGCUAUCCUAAUCUCCGGCCUAUAGUUGAGGAAGUGAUCGACAAGCAAAGAGAAAUUCAAGCCAAUGACAAAACAAAAUUGACGCCUGGUUUUGAGUUUUUGAUGGAACUUGAACAAUUCCGAGAUCUUAUGGUAAGGCAGAUGGAGACUACGGCGGCAGAGGAACUAUCUGCUAAAAUUAGUACUAAGAAGUUGGAAGCAUCUAAUGAAAGCCUUAUUGCUCAUAUAAAAGAAUAUUCAAACACUUUGAAAGAAGAGACCGAGCGUUUUGAACAGACGAUGGUGAUGAAGGAGGAGAUGAUAACCAAGUUGGAACAUGAACUAGUCAUACUCAGCCACGAUGCUACUGUUAAACUUAAGAAGAAAAUAUUAGAUUCAGAGCGUCAAAUGGUGCUGGCCACUAGAAGUCAUACAGUUAAAAAUGAAUUGUUAAAGGAAGAAGAGGUGGAAAGUCGAGAAGCGUAUGAGCAGUUGUUAAGGUCGCAUCUUAUCGAGGAGAAAAAUCAAAGGGCACGACGGUUCAAAGUGGAGACGCAGUUAUUAUCGUGGCUACAGAAGUAUGACCUCGAGAUGAGUGACAAGCAGGUGGAACUGGACGAGUUCACGCAGAAAUAUGAAGAUGAAGUCGAGAAAUGUCAGGAAUUAGAGAAAAAAUUGGCGGAACAAGAUAUUGAGUACAUCCCGCUGAUGGCAGAAAGAGAGGCAGAAUACAACCAGGAGAUGACGGAGAAGAUGAACAAGUUCCUUAUAGACCAUGCUGCGAGGGUCAUUCAGCACGCCUGGAGAGAAGUACUGACCAACCGAGCAGAGAAGAAGAAGCUAAGGAAGAUAAUAAGGAAAUUGCAAGAAGCUCAAGUCCCAACGAACUUAAUCAAGGGAAAACCAAAGAAAUAGUGAUUAGAUUUAUAGAAAU